GAGCUAGCUGAAUGGAAUAUUCAGUACCAGAAAAAGUUUGGAUUUAUAUUUCUUAUAUGUGCAUCUGGAAGGAGCACCGACGAAAUACUUGCAGAAUUAAAGAAACGGUAUUCAAAUAGACCCAUAGUUGAGUUUGAGAUUGCUGCUCAAGAGCAAAUGAAAAUAACAGAACUGCGUCUUGCAAAGCUUUUCUCGACGAAACAAAAUGCCUCUUCAACAAAGGAGAGCUAUCCUCCUGCUUUUGCACGAAAAGUAGAAGAAGAUCGUGUGAGCAUUAUCGGAGGGCAUCUAAGUACUGCGUCUGGAGCUUCAACUGGAAAAACGUUACAAACUUUAACUCGAACUCGACCACCAAUUACAACCCAUGUGUUGGAUGUUGCACAAGGAUCUCCAGCUGCAGGUAUUGAUGUUCGUUUGGAAAGGUGGAUUGGUACUCAACCGCGUCCCUUAUUCGGUGAGGUUGAUGUUGGUGGCUGGGCACUCGAAGGGUCUUCAGCAACAGACAAAGAUGGCAGAAGUGGCCAAUUGUUGAGCAUGGUUGAAGCUAUAAAUCCAGGAAUAUACAGGAUAAGCUUCAACACAGGUAAGUAUUUCCCAGCUGGGUUCUUCCCGUACGUUUCUAUCGUGUUCGAAAUCAGGGAGUCCCAGAAGCUGGAACACUUCCAUGUCCCUCUCCUGCUUUCACCAUUCUCAUUUUCCACCUAUCGUGGAAGCUAGAAGUUCACUGUUCAUAUGGCUGCAUUUCUGUCAUGUGUCUUGAUGUCCUUCGGAUUCUGGCAAAGGUUGAAUAAAACGACGUCGACUGCUAUAAAACGACGUUGAAUUGUACCAAACGAUGAAGAGAUCGUCGACAGGAACCAGAACUUAAAUCUAUCUGUAGUGUAUAAAACUAGUAGCAGUUUCAGUUUUUGAUUUAAAGAUGGUCCUUGGUUGGAAAAAUGUCUAUUAAUUCUGUCUGUAAAUUUCAUAAAACCAAACUGAUUGCCUAAUAAUUUGGAGCUUUGCUAGAAGGGUUUGCCAAUCUA